GUAUAUAAGCGUGUGCAAUAGCAACUUGACUUAUCGCUUUCAGAGCAAGCUAGGUGAUAUGUCCGCUCGGCCAAGGACUGGCGCUAUAAGCAAGACAGAUAUGGAGGCGAGCCGCCUGGUAUUCGUCUUCGUUAAAGAUGUGCGACCAAAGCGGAAGGUGGCAGUGCCCGUCCCCGACGGGUACACCUGGCAGGAUUUCAUUUCUCAAGUUCGAAGCAAGCUCCGGAUCACCGGGGUCAGCGAGGUGUACCUAGCUUCGAGUGGCCAAAAGGUCACCAGCCUGGAUGAGCUUCAGGACAUUGACGAGCUGUGCGUGGUGGAGGGCCCGGAGCCGUUUGCCUCCAACGGGCAAAUGCCGCUGCCCAGCGAGGCGGCGCUGCGGUCAGGCAUGGCGCCUUCGACGUCAGAGAUCAGCGCGCAAGGGGCACCGCUUUCGGAGCCGCGGGCUCAGCUGCUGACGGACAGCAACCGGCACAAGGUGGGUGUGGCGGACGGCGGCAGCAGCAGCGUCAAGAUGGUGGACGACAAGAAGUAUGCCAAGCGGCCGCCGGCGUGGAAGCGGACGCUACAGCGCAUGUUCCCCUCGCUCUUCCAGCCCGGGUUACCCAUUACCAACAAGGAGGCGGCGGCGGCGGAAGAGCGGCCCGGGGUUCCCGGCGCGCGGCGGCCGCGGCGGCGGCGGGGCAUCCUGUCGGCUCGCGAGGUGCUGCUGAUGCUUGCCAUCUGCUGCUGCCUGGCGACCUUGGUGUGGUUCAUGCGCUCCAAUGUCAAGCUGUCGUGAGCGUGGCGCAGGCACGAGCGGUGGGGCGAACAGGCGGGGGCGGGGGCGGACCGUGUGGUUGAAGGAAGGCCAUGAUAUUUUGGUCCCCGUCCACACUGUGGAUGGCGCUAGUUGGUUGGUUUAGCUCGGCGGGCAAGGCGGUUGGGGGCCUGCAAGUGCAUGUUUAGGAGUGGGGGCCAGCUGGAGCUUUGGCUUGAGGUUUGGGAAGCGGUGAGGUCACUCCGGUAUCACGUCAAGGUGUGGCAAGAAGAAAGUUGAUGGAGCUGGGAGGGCGCCUUGGUUGGCCACACUGCCACAGCUAUGGCCUCAUGGAAGCGGUCUUGAAUCGGAUGUGAACUGAUGGUUGGGUAACAGGCUGCAUUACACGCCUGCCCUUCCAUCCA